UACAUGUCUAAAUUUCAUUUCCGCAUAUAAAAAUUUAUGCAAAUUAGCUGGGAGUGGGGUGUCAAGUCAUAUUAGCAGCAAUUCUGUGUGGUAAAGAUGCUCUCCUUCGGUGUCUCUCUCAUUUUUAUGCUCUUUGUGUGCAAUGCUCAAGUUAUUCCUGAUUGCCCGGAUAGAGGUGAAACAAUUUGCCUUGGUCACAGCACUAACAGGGUCUCUCAAAGCCAAGGAGGUACAGUCUCCAGUAUUCUUCAAGAUGCAUAUGAGCAGUUCUGUGGUUGUCGGUACAUUAAAGACAAUAUAGUGAUCCAAACAGGCCCUACUCUUGUUGAUGCUAACCAGACUCUAGUGGAGGCUAAUUUCUCAUUCCUUUACUAUGUAAAAGAGAUCAGUGGCUAUCUUGAAUUAAAUGGCAUACCAUCCAUUGAAAGGCUCUCUCUCCCUAACCUCAGAAUUAUACGUGGAAGAAAUUUACGUUCUGGACGUUAUAGCUUACUGGCAUUGGGAAAAAUACAAAAUCUUUAUAUGCCAAACUUGACUGAGAUCAGUCGAGGUGAUGUCUGGUUUAUUUCUAGGCUUAACCCUUACUUGUGUAAUACAAGGUCAAUUAAUUGGAUUGAUAUUGCCCCUUUUCCAGUUAUUGGUCAUCGACUCGAGACAAACGGUUGCAGUGAUUCUGAUAUAAUUAACUGUACUGCAUUGGGAUGCAGCUCAGGGUCCUGCUGGUGCAAUGAUACUGACUGCUGUCAAACAUUGUCAUUUAAUUGCAAUUGCAAUAACAAUCGUUGCUUCAGAAAUGGUCCAAACAUACAGUGUUGCAAUCCAGAGUGUGUUGCUGGUUGCAGUGAAGGUGGUAACAAUGAUCAAUGCAGGGCUUGUAAAAAUGUUUUGAAUGAUGGAGUCUGCCGGGAGAGAUGUCCUGAACAAUAUAUAAUUGAUCCUGAUACUCGUGCUGUCGUACUUAAUCCAGAAUUUAAGUUUGAAGCACAGCCACUUUGUGUCUCCACUUGCCCAGCUAUGCUGUUUGAGCUGGGGACUCAGUGUGUUGAGGACUGUCCUUCUAACUAUAUGUCUGUAUCUGGUGAUAAUGGAACUAUGAGAUGUGUUUUAUGUGAUGGGCCAUGUCCUCAGGAGUGUGCUGGUGGGGUAUUUGAUUAUGAUGUUCCUGGAAAGUUAUCUGGAUGUACUAUCAUUACCACUGAACUGAGGAUUUCAAGUGUACCACCAAAUUUAGAUCCAUCAAUAUUGAAUGAUCUUAAUGAAAUUAGAGAGAUUCGUGGCUCACUGGAUAUUAGUGGCUUUAAUAAAGAGACGUUUCCAUACCUCUAUAACUUGAAAACUGUUGGUAAUAAUGAUUCCAAUCAAGUGCUAUCACAGUCAUGCAAUGGGUCAAGUGACAGUUUCAAGUAUUCAAUCAUAAUAGCCGAUACUGAGUUGGUCAGCAUUGAUCUCUCAUCCCUGGAGGCUGUCAUCAAUGGAGGCGUUCGAUUGCAAAAUAAUCCUUCUCUCUGCUAUUUAGGAGAUUUGCGUUAUUAUCUGACAAAUUCAUCGGCAACAUCCUGUAUUUUGGAUGAUCACAGACAGAGCAUAGAAGAAUGUGUUGAAACAAACAUGACCUGCCAUCCUCAGUGCUCCUCUGCUUCUGGUUGGUGCUGGGGACCCAAUGACACUCAGUGUGUGACUUGUACUAACUUCAUCUUUAAUGGACAAUGUGUACCAACUUGUAAUGACUUUGAUGCCCACGGAGUUCACUUAUACGGCCAUAAUGCUAACAACACUUGCUUGGCUUGUCACUCAUUUUGUAGUGGCUCUUGUGUUGGAGAGGGUCCUGCCAAUUGUAGUAGCAGCUGUAAUACUAACUUUUUUGUCAAUGUCAGCGUUGGAGUGGGUAUACAGUGUCUUGAGUCCUGUGUUGGUGACACUUAUUUACCUGAUAGUCGCACUAGUGGUGAGUGCCUGCCUUGUUUUAGUGGCUGUAGCCUUGGCUAUGGCUGUGCUGGCCCUGGAAAGACAUUCAAUGACAGUAAUGGCUGUAUGGCAUGUGAUACCAUUUUACUUGAUAGAAAUGGAGACCAGAUUGAGUGUCAGAGGGAUGUAACCUGCCCUUCUGGCUAUUAUUGGGAGCAGCUGACAGAGGAUCGCGGUAUUUUCCUUACUGACACUGUUUUAUGCCACUCCUGUCAUGAGCUUUGUGCAACAUGCAGUGGGCCUUCAGUUAGCGAUUGUGUUUUAUGCUCAUACAUUAGGGGCACCAAUGGCUCCUGUGUUUUCAUGUGUGACCCAAUAAGAGAAACCGUUCCUAUGAAUGGCUCAUCACAGUGUAUCCCAGUUACUAUGGGUACAAUAGACCCAAGCAGUGCUGGUACUACAGGAGUAGUAAUUGGUUCAGCCUUAGGAGGGCUACUGCUAACUGCCCUUGUGAUCUUAAUCAUAGUUAUGCUAUUAGUGUUUGUACCAAGAGCAUUGAGAAAGAAAAAUAAAUAUAACCUCAAUGAAGUGUUUAGUAGUCCUGAAGAAUUGGAAUUGUUUACACUAGGAAAAGAGACACUUCAGCCUCCUAGAAUGGCUCCUAAUGCCACGAGGCUAAUAGUAGCCCCAGAAGAUGAGUUAGAAUUCGGCAAAGAGCUGGGCGCUGGAGCAUUUGGUACUGUCUAUGAAGGUUACUGGAAGCCAGCUAAUGACGAGAAUGAGUAUCACGUUGCCAUUAAAGUACUCAAGAACACAUCAGCAAGUGCUAGUAAGGAGCUACUACAGGAAGGCGUGGUAAUGGCCACUAUGGAUCACGAGAAUGUAGUCCGUUUGUAUUGCGUGUGCAUGAGUAAACAGCUCAUGCUAGUAUCACAGUUUGUGCCAUGUGGAGCUCUCAUUGACUAUAUUAAGAAGCAACAGGACAGACUCAAUGCCCAUACUAUCCUUCUAUUCUCAUCACAAAUUGCAAAUGGCAUGGCCUAUCUUGAGACUAAGCACCUUGUCCACAGGGACCUUGCUGCUCGUAAUGUACUGGUCCAGACUCCUGUGAAAGUUAAAAUAACCGACUUUGGUCUGACACGAAUUAUUGAAGCAAACCAAUCUCAUUAUGAAGCCACAACAUCAAAGAUGCCUGUUCGUUGGUUGCCACCAGAGAGCAUAAGGAACAGAGUCUUCACACACAAGACAGAUGUGUGGAGUUUUGGCGUCACCGUGUGGGAGAUACUGACAUUUGGUGCAAGGCCUUAUCAAGGUAAGAAGCCAUAUGAGAUCCUGAAGAUGCUGGAAGGUGGACACCGUUUAGAUCAACCAGUGACGUGUACAAUUGAUCUUUAUGCUGUGCUAUUGGAAUGUUGGCUUUUAGAGCCUGAUAGUCGACCCGAUUUUGUGGAUUUAGGACGUCGAUUUCAUGAAUUUAUGAACGAUCCUGCCCGUUAUGUACUAACAGUUCUUGAUGGUAACACAAGUGAUUAUUUGAUGCUACCCAGUAAUGUGAGUCAGCCUGGAGAUAAUGCUUAUGAGCAGCCAGUUACCAAUGAGACUUGUCCAAGUGCUGUUAGUAUUCAAGGAACACUACCUUCCAGUGAUAAUGCUGUUAAUCCUUAUGCCAUGGCAUUCAGUGCUGAGGCUUAUGUGAUGCACCCACCUGAUGCUACACCAGUAGUUUUUCCCACAAAGAAGUUGAAUGAUGGGCAAGAAUAUGAAGUACCUGUUGAAGGAUCUUCGCCAGUUGUUAAGGCACCAAGAUCACCAAGAUAUGUUGAUUUGUUGGUUCCAGCUAAACAAAGCAAUGAUUAUGUUGAUGAAAAGAUUAAGCUACUACCAAAUGAAGACCCAGACGAUGAUUAUACACUAAUGUCAGAUGUGGCAGCAAAUGCGCCUUCACAUUCUGCAGCCGAUAUUAUUGAAAACUAUGAAUUCUCAGAGAAUCCUCAGCCCCUUGGAUCUCCACUAUCACCUAAUGAUAAAAUGCCUUUAUUACCUAGUGCUAUGGGUGGGGGUGUCACUAAUCUGCUAUACGACAAUAAUGCUGGCAGCAGCGUCCCUGAGGUUCAUAAUUAUGAAGAUGUUGAAGAGGAGGUUAAUAAAGGUGGCUUAACCAAUCUAGUGUAUGAUUCAAGGGCUGGCGAGGCAGAGCCUCUUGUUCAUAAUUAUGAAGACAUGGAGGAUGAUCAAAAUGGUGUCACGAAUUUGAUGUAUGAUUCAAGAGCUGGCCAGGCAGCAAUACCCGCUGCUAAUAACUAUGAAGACAUGGAAGAUGAUCGUAAUGGCGUUUCCAAUUUGAUGUAUGACUCAAGGGCCGGCACUUCUUCAGUCAGUGCUGUACCAGAUGUUAAUAAUUAUGAAGAUAUUGAUGAGGAUGUUCCUAGUGGUGUUUCUAACGUCAUGUAUGACUCAAGGGCUGGUACUUCUACAGUUAAUGCUGUACCAGAUGAUAAUAAUUAUGAAGAUAUUGAUGAGGAUGUUCCUAGUGGUGUUUCUAACGUCAUGUAUGACUCAAGGGCUGGUACUUCUACGGUCAAUGCUGUACCCAAUGAUAAUAAUUAUGAAGAUAUUGAUGAGGAUGUUCCUAGUGGUGUUUCUAACGUCAUGUAUGACUCAAGGGCUGGUACUUCUACGGUCAAUGCUGUACCCAAUGAUAAUAAUUAUGAAGAUAUUGAUGAGGAUGUUCCUAGUGGUGUUUCUAACGUCAUGUAUGACUCAAGGGCUGGUACUUCUACGGUCAAUGCUAUACCAGAUGAUAAUAAUUAUGAAGAUAUUGAUGAGGAUGUUCCUAAUGGUGUCUCUAACGUCAUGUAUGAUUCUACAGCUGGUACUUCAAAAGUUCCUGAAACUCAUAACUACAAAGACGUUGAAGAUGUCAGCAAUCAACCUUUCUCAUUCUCUAACCUGAUGUAUGAUUCAAGAGCUGGAACGUCUACCAAUUUAGAUAAUUAUGAAGAAAUCGAUGAAUCAUCCCCCAAAAAAGAGCAAAGUAGUUUCUGUAAUGUAAUGUAUGAUUCAAGAGCUGGCAUAGCUAUGAAUGGUCACUCCUCAUCAAAUGAAAGGACAAUGUCACCUUAUGAAGUCCCCAUUGCUAUCUCACCAACUGCAAGGACUGUGUCGCCAUAUGAAGUACCUGUUAAAGAUGGCGAUUAUGAGCUACCCACUGAUGGUAUGCCACGUGUUCCCCAAUACAAUGUCUACGAAGCUCCUGCAAGUUGAACGUGUUAGUAUUUAUUUUGUGUGUAUUAUUAUUAUGUACAUGCCAUACCUUUUACAGCAGUCAUGCAUUUUUAGACUCAGUGUGAAAAAUCAAUAAUUCAUUCUUAUAAUACAAAAAAUGUUACAAUUAUUAUUAUCGCUAUUAUUAUUAUUGUUUGAUGAAAAGCAGGACAAAGUUCAAA